AAAUGCCAACAAACGUCAGUCCGUAUGUGAAAUACAGUUUGCUGUCAAAAUUUUUUUUUCCAAAAAUGUAAACAAUACGUCUGGUCAAACAACAAGCUGACUAACGAAAAGUAUCUCUAGACUAAUGAGCUGCACGGAAAGAGUUUGUCGCCUUUGUUUGCAGGAAGAGUUGGAACACGACCAUGGCGUACUGGUUCCGUUGGCCGAUAACAGUAAGAUAGUGAACAUUAUACGGGAAACAACCACGAUCGAUGUUUUCAUAGACGACCGAUCACAGUAUUACUUGUGUGUGGAGUGCAAAGAGGCCCUUCUCAAGUGCUUUGACUUUCGCGAACGUUGCAUCAUAAACGAUGCAAUAUUCCGGCGGAAAUUCUCACAAUAUGCUAGUGCAACGGAGGAGACAGUUUUCAUGCCCGUCGACACUGUCAGCCUGGAAGGCAGGGAUGGUGUGGAGAAGGAGGAAAAGGUCGAAAAUUCCGAAGAUGACGAAGAACCGUUUAUGCAGGAGUUUUUGGUUGAAACAAUCGAAAACAACGAUGAUUGUGAACCGUACGAACCAUUGCAAGACGAGAUGCUGGCGGCUGAUUUCUCCGACAGUGAAGAAUUAUCCAAGAAGAAGAAAAAUGAUCGAAGGAAGCGGGGCCGCAAGAAAACCGUGGAGGUCGACAAGGCAAAUAACAAGCUACCUUGCGCCCAGUGCGGGAAAAUGAUUGCACGGAAUAACAUCAAUCAGCAUCAGCUUACGCAUGAUCCCGAUCGGCCGAAGGUGUUUUGUUCGUACUGUGGAAAAGCGUUCAAAGAUCCGCGCCGGAUGCAGAUGCACAUUAACAGCAAUCACACGCUAGAGAAGAAGUAUCCAUGCGAGAUAUGCGGGAAGGUUUAUCUUCGCCCGACUUCACUGAAGGAUCACAAACUGGCGAAGCAUAGCGACGACAAGCGGUACGAGUGUUCCGACUGUGGAAUGGCUUUUACCAGCUGGGCGCAACGGUGGCACCAUUUCAAGAAAGAGCACACAACGGCCAAACCAUUCGCCUGUACCUACUGUGAUUGGGCGUUUAAGUUCAAGUGUGAUCUGACCCUGCACAUCCGGAAGCACACUGGAGAAAAGCCUUUCAAGUGUGACAUCUGUGGAAAAGCGUUCAACAAGAGUUACAACGUAGUGAUACACAAGAAAUCGCACCGCAAUCUCCUGCCAGCUGAGCAAGGAAUGGGGACAGCAGAAGGAACGCUGAUACCCCAAACCGUGGUAAAAUCGGACAAUACAAUUUAAGCGACGUAAGCACACGAUAUUUAUCUGCAAGUAUAUAAGUUAUUAUUUUAUCGCGAACAAUAUAUUCGUAAUUUUAUGAAAUAUAUAUUUCUUUCGAUCAUUA